UUGGGGUUGUUUCCAGAGCUUUGUUUAUUAAAUUAUUUAGAACAAUCCUCCAUUGUCAAAAAAGUGCCUCUUUCCAUCUCUUAUCUUUAACCUGUCAUCUUUAUCUCUCUCUGUGUGUCUUUUUUUAUUUUUAUUUUUCUUUUUAUUAUUUUGAAAAUAGGGAGAGUUUUUAUUUUUUAUUUUUGUAUUAGUGGAGGAAGGAGGAAGGACGAAGGAGGGGGGGGGUUGUUUUUCUUUUUGUAAUUUCAUUAGGAUGCGGUUUCUGAAGACUUCUAGAAGCAACUGAUCCACGUCACUGUUCUCUAUUUUCCUUCUCCCAUCUUCUUUAAAAGGAGUCCUUUCAUGAAUUUGGAAAAAAGGAUUAUUAUUAUUAUCAUCAUUAUCAUUCUUGUUAUUAUUAUUAACACAAAACACAAUCUGGGUUCCUUUAUUCUUCUUCCUAUUUGUAGUUAUGGUCAUUUCCUUUUCUCCAAUCCAACAUGGGACUUGAUGAUCACAAGCCCCACCUCGCUAAUCCCCUCCGCUCUUUCUCCGGUUUCUACUGCUGGGAUUGGGAAUUCCUCACCGCUCUUCUUCUCUUCAGUCCACUCAUCUAAUUCUAAUCCUCACCAUCACCAUCAUCAUCUCAUCUCUUCCUUACUCUAAUACAUACAUCUUAUAUAUAUACCAUCUCUUCUUUCCUUUCUUUUUCUAUCCUUUCUUAUAAUCCAUGGCACAGAGAUCGCUCCCCGCCCCCUUUCUCACCAAGACCUAUCAGCUGGUGGAUGAUCCUGCCACCGACGAUGUCGUUUCAUGGAAUCCCUCUGGCUCUACCUUCAUCGUCUGGAAAACCGCUGAUUUCGCCAGAGAUUUGCUUCCCAAUUACUUCAAACACAACAAUUUCUCUAGCUUCGUCCGUCAGCUUAACACUUACGGCUUUCGCAAGAUCGUACCGGACAAAUGGGAAUUCGCCAACGACAACUUCCAACGGGGUCACAAGGACCUCCUCAUCAAAAUCCGCCGCCGGAAGGCCAUCUUGAUAACAACACCCAUCCGAACCCUUCAUACCCUUAAAUCCGGCGCCGCUGCUCCCAACUCUUCUCCCUCCAACUCCGGGGAGGACAUCGGUUCCACUUCCACCUCCAAUCCUGGAUCCGUGGAUAUGGGAACCAUCGCACAAUUCGCCGAUCUCACUGAGGAGAACGACAAAUUAAGGAAGGAUAACGAGAUGUUGAACUCGGAGCUUGUUCAGACGAAGAAACAGUGUGACGAGUUGGUGGCUUUCCUCACUGACUACUUGAAGGUAGCACCGGAUCAGAUCAACCGGAUCAUGAAACAAGAAGCCAACAAUCGCGUUUGUAGCGAGGGAGGCGCUGAUAACGGUAGAAGCGAGGAUGAAGAGGAGGAGGAGGAGGAGGAGGAAGAGGAGGAGGGCGAAACUCUGAAAUUGUUCGGGGUUUGGUUGAAAGGGAAAAAGGAGAAGAAGAUGAAAAGGGGACGAGAGGAGAAAAAGGGGUGCAGCAACGGACCACAUGCGAAGGCAAUGAAGUCGGCGGAUGAGAUGCACGCGCCGUUGAUGAGGAGCAGCAAUGUCUGCAACUGAGGACUGAGCGCGUGGAAAUCAAAUCCCCAUAUUGGAAUUAUGAAACGACGGCGUUGCAUGGAAGUAAAGUUUAAAUAAUAAUAUAAAAUAUAAAUAGAAUAUAAAUAUGAAGCAGUUUCUAGAGAGUUCAAAGGGACUCUCGGUUGGUGGAAGAGCAAUGGAUGUUAUAGCAAAAGAAGGUUGUUUCAAUUAUUCAACCAUAUAAGGAGGUAAAAGAAAGAAAGGUAAGGUAGAAAAAUGUAAUAAUAAGAAAGAAAGUUAGAAUCAAAAUUGAAAUUGGGGUAAUGUAAAAAAGGGGUAGCUUCUAGAAUUUGUAGACAGAAAGUUGUAUGUUAAGGGUGUGGAUAUCAAAAGUAAAUGGGUGUCCACCUCUUACACUUCUAAAAAAAAUCUUUUCAAUGUUUUAGACACAUAUCUAUUUUCGUACCAUUUCUUAGCUUCUUCA